UGGCAGGAAAGGAAUAGGCCCGAGUUGGGCUUGGCACAACCACACAAAAGUCAUUAGACCAAACAAAGCUACAAAGCCUAGAAACAAACAAUUGUUAGGGAAAGAUUCUUCAACGACCAGUGCAUUUCCCAAAUUCCAACAUUUGGGCUUUUAGACCAGACAAUAGGAAAUACAAAUGCUGCCGAGCUCGGUGUCAUUGGGACUGUCAGCUUCUCCGGUUCGCGUCGUCAAGUGUUCUUUGGUCAGGGCCCCGAGCACCACCGUCAACGAUCCCAAUUCAAUGGCAGCAGCUGGUCCCAAGUGGGCCCAGAAGACCAUAACUCUGCCUCCGCAGAGGAGGGGUUGUCAUCUCAUCACCCCUAAGAUAGUGAAGGAAAUUGGCCAGGAAUUGUCAGAUUUCAACUGCGGCCUUGCACAUCUCUUUUUGCAGCACACUAGUGCUUCUCUUACUAUCAAUGAGAAUUAUGACUCUGAUGUUCGUGAUGAUACAGAGACUUUCCUCAAUAGGAUAGUUCCUGAGGGGACAUCUGCACCAUGGAAGCAUACCCUUGAAGGCCCAGAUGACAUGCCGGCACAUAUUAAAUCAUCAAUGUUUGGCUGCACACUGACGGUUCCAAUUACAAAUGGAAAGCUUAACAUGGGAAGUUGGCAGGGAAUAUGGUUGUGUGAGCAUCGUGACUAUCCUACUGCGCGGAAAGUUGUGGUCACCCUUAAUGGAAUAUGAGAAGCUUAGAUGGAAGUUUCCUGUUUCUUUCAUCCAGUGUGCAAAUGAAGUUGUACUCAAGUAUCUUCUAUGUUAAUGGGUGGGUGGGAUGUUAGUGUGCUAGCUAUUUGCUCUGUUAAUGGCAUCUUCCUUACCAGAAUCUGGUAAUACCUUGUUAUUUGUAAUGGAUUUAAGCUUUGUUAUGCAGACUUGUAGAAAAUGUAAUGGAAUUUGAUUAUGGGUUUACAUCUCUCUCUUAGUUUA